GCGCGAGACUGCUGAUAUGCCGAGAGCGUGCGAGAUCCCACUCGCGCUACGAACUGCACGCCAUACACACACAAUCACUGACUACACGACGUCCGCGACGACGGUGACAACAACGACGACGACGACGACGACGGAAAAACGACGCCGUCAAAAAUACAAUAAAACAAAAAACAGAAAAACAAAAAAGGAACGAUUCUUCCUUAGUUUUCAUUGUACACGUCGGAGGCGAAACGCGACGACGGAUAUAAUGGGAAAAUUAUUUAAAAGACAAAGUUAAAAUAACAAGAAGAUAUAAGUUUUGUUGUAAACCGUCAUUGUUUCGGGGGACGUAUAAUUAAACUUCGCGUUAAUUGAUCGGAGAUUCUAUAUUAGAAUUAUACGUAAAUCGAUUAAACGCGAAUAUUUGGAAAAUUUUACUCACGUGCGUCGACAAAAGUCUAUCUGAAAAACUUUAAACGGACCGAGAGGCUGAUUCGUCGUUGAUUCGCCGCUUGUAAAGUACGUCAGUUUCGUGGGUUGUUAAAAGCGAUUUUUAAACGAUUUUGAUCCACUCUAAAAUACUUGGGACUCUCUUUAAUCGUAACGCGUGCCAUCGUUGCAACAAGGCCGAAUAAAAAAGAAUAAGUAAUACAUUAAAUAAACAAACAAACUGUAUAUAACGUUUACACAACUUUUAAGUGCACUUCGUUACACGCACGCGACAAAAAGCGCUGGUGAUGACAGUCGAGACGAUCGAACAAUUAAUUGAAUAAUAAGUUGUGCCAUAAACGAGGAGAGGAGAUAAAACGAAGAAAAACUAAGUAAAUAGAUGAACAAAAUUGACGACAGAAUAAAAUUAUAAAAAGAAAUCAGUAUUCGGUUAGGUAUUUAAGUAAAGUGAAACCCGCGGGAUAGUAUAUGAUAAAUCAAAAUCGACUUAUUUUUUUUUGAUUUUCAUUCUUCCUUCCUUUUCGCAUACAUAUCUUUUACUCAUAUCGAAUGACAAGUGUUCGAGAUAAAAAAAAACACGGUUCGAGGGUAUAAUAAAAAAAAAAAACAAACAAACAAACAAAAAGAAAGAAAAAAGUGUGCUAUGCAAGUUUGCGAGUUUCGCACAACCUUCGGCAUAACAACGAUAAUAUUGAUAAAAAUUGAAAGUACAGAGUGCUUCUGAGGGACCCGGGUAUAUAUUACCGGGAUAAUUAAAGGGCCUAUUUAGUGGUGGGGUGAUAUGAUAGAGGGCCGCGUUGAGAAGUGGUGUCUAGAAACCGUGAUGACGGUACAGGAUUUCAAGUCCCGCGGUACCGUUGCAGAGGAGCAACAUCAUCAUCAGCCCUCGAACGACAUCCUUUCGCUACCACCGGACGAAACCUUGGAAAACGAAAAGGAACCACGCAUCAUUUCGUACAACCCGAACGCCGACGUUCCCGUUACACAAGACAGCGAAAAUCUCCUGGGUCGCGUUUUGGCUGAGUUUGAUGGCACCACGGUGCUGUGCCGCGUUUGCGGUGACAAAGCCUCAGGUUUUCAUUAUGGCGUUCAUUCCUGCGAAGGAUGCAAGGGUUUCUUCCGGCGUAGCAUCCAGCAGAAGAUACAGUACAGACCGUGCACGAAAAAUCAACAGUGCAGUAUACUGCGUAUCAACAGAAACCGGUGCCAGUAUUGCAGACUUAAGAAAUGCAUCGCCGUUGGAAUGAGCAGAGAUGCUGUUCGAUUCGGUAGAGUGCCAAAACGUGAAAAGGCGCGAAUUCUUGCCGCUAUGCAGCAAAGUUCGCACAGCCGUUUCCAGGAGAAGGCGGUAGCCGCCGAACUCGAGGAUGAACAACGUCUUUUGGCCACAGUUGUCAGGGCGCAUCUGGACACGUGUGAUUUUACUAGAGAAAAAGUAGCACCGGUAUUAGCCAGGGCGAGAGAAACACCGAACUACACAGCUUGUCCACCGACCUUGGCAUGUCCGUUAAAUCCGAACCCCCAGCCAUUGACGGGUCAGCAGGAACUGUUGCAAGAUUUUUCAAAGAGAUUUUCACCCGCUAUCAGAGGUGUCGUUGAAUUCGCCAAGCGUAUCCCUGGAUUCAGCCUGCUGGCUCAGGACGACCAGGUAACGCUGUUGAAAGCCGGUGUGUUCGAAGUACUGCUCGUACGGCUGGCUUGUAUGUUCGACGCUCAGACGAACAGCAUGAUAUGUCUGAACGGUCAGGUGCUAAAACGGGAGUCGAUCCACAACAGCAGUAACGCACGUUUCCUAAUGGACUCGAUGUUCGAUUUCGCGGAACGAGUGAACGCCCUACGUUUAUCGGACGCUGAACUCGGUCUGUUUUGCUCAGUCGUUGUGAUCGCAUCGGACAGACCCGGUCUGAGAAAUACGGAUCUCAUCGAGAGAAUGCACAACAAGUUGAGAAACGCGCUCCAAACCGUAUUGGCCCAAAAUCACCCGCAGCAUCCCGACAUCCUCAGGGAACUGCUGAAGAAAAUACCCGACUUGAGAACGCUGAACACGUUGCACUCGGAGAAAUUGCUCGCCUUCAAAAUGACCGAACAACAACAACAGCUGCAGGCGCAACAGCAGCAACAGCUACAACAUCAACAACAGCAGCAACAACUUUGGCCAAAGGAAGAGGAGCCGAGCGUGUCGUGGGGCUCGGCGUCGGACGUCACCCUCGACGAAGCCGUGAAAAGUCCGCUCGGGAGCGUGUCGAGUACCGAAAGUACCUGCAGCGGCGAAGUCGCCUCCCUCACGGAGUAUCAUCACGCGACACCGACGUCCGGUGGUCAUCACGCGUCCAGCGCACCUUUGCUGGCGGCGACGUUGGCCGGCGGUCUGUGUCCGCACAGGAGGCGAGCCAAUUCGGGAUCGACGAGUUCGGGCGACGACGAAUUGCACCGUGCCUCGUUGGCGAAAACGCCGCAACCCCCUCAGUGUCCGAGAUUUCGUAAACUCGACUCUCCCAGUGACAGUGGUAUUGAAUCCGGUACCGAGAAACCCGACAAACCCGCGAGUAGCAGCAGCGUGAGUAGCGCGCCGACGUCAGUUUGCUCAAGUCCGAGAUCCGAGGAUAAAGAGGUCGAGGAUAUGCCGGUUUUGAAACGCGUACUGCAAGCACCACCUCUGUACGAUACCAAUUCGCUGAUGGACGAGGCUUACAAACCCCAUAAAAAAUUCAGGGCGUUCAGGCAAAAGGACAGCGCCGAAGCCGAACCGGCCGUGGCGCAACAAUCUCAAUCCUCGCAAUCGCAAAACAAUCAUUCGCAAUCCCAGUCGCAGCUUCACCUUCAUCUAACCUCGCCGCCGACGCAACAACAACAACAACAUCAACAACAUCAACAACAUCAACAUCAACAUCAACAACAACAACAACAACAACAACAACAACAACCCUCGUCCCAAUGCCCCCAAAAAGCGAGUCUGUUGAGCAGCACGCACUCGACGCUUGCCAAAAGUUUGAUGGAGGGUCCUCGAAUGACCGCUGAACAAUUGAAACGAACUGACAUUAUCCACAAUUACAUAAUGCGCGGUGACGCCAGUCCAAGAUCACCCGCGAACUCACCAUCUCCGGCGGAACAGUGCGCGUCAACGACGACCGCGGGUUCCAGAUCCCAUCAGGGACUCCUACAGUGCUCAACAUCCCCGUACCACACGACCGGUAGGUGGCCGGCAACGUCCGUCAUAACAACGACGACCGGUGCGAGGCAUUACCACCAACAAAUGCAACAACAACAGCAGCAGCAGCUCCAAGGUUCUUCGAACGGUGAUUACGGUCACCAGACGUCGAAUUCGGGUGCCGGGAGUUCGGGGAUGUCGUCGCCGCGGUACCAUUCUUCCUCGGUGGGAAGUGGCGGUAGUAGUUCGACGUCAUUGUCGUCGUGUUCCGGUUCGUCGUCAUCCUCAUCGUCGGUCGUUGCCACAACGACGAGUUGCACGAGUUCGAGUCCGAGACCGACGUCCAGUACGGCGGCGACGCUGGUGUUAUCCGGUUGUCCGAGUAAUAUGAUGGAACUCCAAGUGGAUAUCGCCGACAGUCAGCAGCCGUUAAAUCUUUCGAAAAAAUCACCGUCGCCAUCCCCGAGGCCGUUGGUCGGACCGUGCAAAGCUUUAUCGUUGGAAGCGUAGUGACGAACUAUGAAUUCGUGUCACGAAUAUUACGUAUGUGAAGAAAUGAAAUAAAUUGUGUUUUUUUUUUUUUUUCAUUGUUAUUAUGAAUUUUCUUUUUCUUUUUUUUUUUUUUUUAAUUACUUUCAGAUUAUUUAUUUCAUUAUUAAAACUUCAUCAUAAUUUCUACGAGUACACCCACCUGAUUCGUCGAACGGUCAUUCGGUAAAUUAUUUUUGCUAAAACAAAGAUCCCUCGUUGAAGAGAGUUUUUUUUUUUUUUAUACGAAAUCAUUGAAAAAAUAAUGACGAAACCGCCGACUUAUUAACGCUGUGAAAGUGCCAGGACGCUGCUGAACGCGUAGCGUGUGACUAACCAAAUAAUUUAUUAUUUAAAUCAAUAAUUGUUAUAUAUAUGCAUUAUCAGAAAGAAGAAAAACGAAAAUGAAAGAUCAAUGGCCGUUAUCAUUGAUCGUUUUAUCAUCGAUUUUCGGUUAUUUUUCGGGAUUUUUGAUAUUUUCUUUCUUCUCUUUUUUGUCCUCCGCAUAUACGCGUUGCAAACGGAAUAUUAUACUCAUCCAAUUUCGUUGAUGAUUAUGUUAAUUGAGUGACGACAACGCGCGUAUAUGAAUGAAUGUGUAUGUAUAAUGAUAUGAAAAAUCAAUCAAUGAAAUAGCAAAAAACAAAAACAAAAAAAGAAGAAUAAUGUUUAAAUUUCAAACAUUAUGUUAUAUCAUGUCUAACAAAGCCUCGUCGCCAAUCUGGCUAGUUGGCUAUCUACAGGCUAUACACUAUAAAUAUAUACAUAUUAUAUACAUAUACAUGAAUGUGAAAAAAUGUGUAUGUAUGAAGUAUACAUAACUUUCGUAGCGGAAAGGGAGUCCGCGGUGAGCCGGCAUCCUAAACUGGUUUAAGUGUUGCAAAUAUAUAUGUAUAAAUAUAAAUAUUAAUAUUAAUAACAAUAAUAAUCUAUUACAUGUGAUAAUCAUGGAAAUCGCGCAUCUUGUACAGCCUCGAAACUUCAUUCAUAUAAAUAUACAUAUAAAUAUAUAUAUAUUAUAUAUAACAAUAAUACUAAUGAUAAUAAUAAUAACAAUUAAUUAUAAUUACAAUUAUAGUUAUAUCAUCAUCCAUCAUCUUAUACAUAUAAAUAUAUAUGAAAAUAUAUCUAUAAAAAAGAUAUAAUAAUAAUAUAUAUCUAUAUAUGUAUAACAUGUACUCUACCUAAAAAAUAUUAAUUAUUUAAGAUAGACGGAAGGUAAUAAAAAUAUAUUAUUAUUAUUACUGUAAUGUCGGUAGGGUACGAGUAAAAUAAUAUUAAUAGUAAUAAGUGAUUAUUACAAUAGUAACGAUAACAAUUGAUAUCAAUAAUCAUUAUGAUAAUAAUAACAAUUACAACAACAAAAUAAACCAGAAGCGACACUUACAAACAACAACAACAACAACAACAGCAACAACAAAACGGUAAAGAAACAAAAUAAACAAUACAAAUACAACAAUAAUAACAUUUACAUUUCGAUUAUAGUAAUAAUAUAAAUAUAAUAUUGGUAAUGUUUAGUAAUCAAUAACUAUACUAUUAAUUAAUUAAUAAUAAUAUUAAUAAUAAUAAUAAUAAUUAUUGUAAUAAUUAUAUUAUAAUGGUAGACUAUUGUAGAAAUUAUCAUCUCGUACAUAUGCGUGUGUGUUUCUGUGUGUGCAGUGAGUGUAUAAACUAAAAAAAAAAUGAAAAAAAAAACAAAAAAAAAAUUACGAGCGUAUAAGAAAAGAAAAUAAAAAAAUGGAAAAAAGAAAGGAGUGUGUGUGAAAGAGAGAGAGAGAGAGUCAAGAAAGGUGGAAAGCUCGGAACGUGCGCGGGGCAGGUUUUGAGAUUUGCAUAUAUGUAAAAACACUGAAUAAGAAAAAUGAUGAAAAAGAAAAAAAUAAUAAAAAUAAAAAUAAUAAAAAAAAUACAUGUAUGAUGUUUCUUUUUUUGUCCGGAAUGGAAUAGGAGCAGAGAAGUAAGAUGAAAAAAAAGUAUAUCCAUAAAUAUCCAGAAAAGAAUUUUGAAGAAAAAAAAAGAUAACGAAUGAAAAAAAAAAGUAGAAGUUUAAGUUCAUACGAAAUAAGGUAAGGCUAUAAAGUGAAAAAUGAUGAAAGAAAAGUAAUAAUUAAAGUGAGAGACAAAAGUUUAGUUAAACAAAAAAUGAAUAAUAAUAAUGAAUAGAUAAAUAGUUAGGGAGUUUUUGUCAUGAGACUGAACGGCCGGUCGUGGUCACCAGUUUGCAAUUAUCGUACCUUUUAUGCCACGUGUCGUCUUAGAUUUUCCUCAUAUGAAACUUUGUUGAUAUGUUAUACGAAGGGGAGGAUGAAGAAUUGAAGGGAAAUGUAAGGAUGAAAAAUUUUGAAAUCUUAUUCAUUAUUUAGCCAAUGCUAAUUGACGGAACAUAAUCAUCGUUUGAUCGUAAGAUCGACGAAGUAAUUAUCUUUGAAAUGGAGCAAGAAAAAGGAAAAAAUUAAGAAAUAAAGUCAGGCAAAUUCGUAUGUCGAGAUAGAGAAAAAGAGAAGAAUAGAAAUAAAAGAGAUUCGAAAAUGAUAUAAAUUCGAUGAUGAUAUAGAUGUGCGUAGGAGAAAUCAAUGAUCGUUGUAAAUAUUAGGUUUUUAAGGUCCUUAGUUCUUAGUGAGAGUGAAAAAGUUUUUUGAAAAAAAAGGAAUACGAAAAAUGAAAAAAAAAAAAAAAAGAAUCGCGAGCGAAAGUAACGCGGCGGGCCGCCGCCGACGUGUUGUUGAGACGCCCGCCCCCCUUCCCCACAGCAUUAAAAGAAAUAUAAAA